GUUCUGCAAUGCCUCUGUGAGUGCACGGACUUUGACAAGCUUGUUGAUGACUACCUGAACUCGCUUUGUCGUGGGCCCAAGUCGUCGGUUCCUCCCCGAGAACGCCUGCGGCGAGUGUUUUUCACAGCCUCAGAUCGAUGUCGCAUCCCAUGGUUUGGGGGUGCCCGGCGCCUCAAUGCCGGUGCCUUGGCUGCGCCGGUGAUGCUGCUCCUGCUGCGGACGGUUCUCCGGCUGUCCACCUACGCUCCAUGGCUGCUCUUUUGGCUGGCAGUGGGUGCCAGUCACCUAGCAUGGUUUCACGUGGCCUGCCUGUCCCUCCCCUUGAGAUCCGACUACUUUGUGAGCUGGGUGGCUUGCUCCAUCGCGGGGCUCUACUCCGAGUACUGGUCGGAGGUCUUGCCCAGGCAGAGUUCGUCAUCCGUGCUACUUUGCCAUGGACUGCUCCUGGUCGUGGUGAUUUCUUUCGCUUCGGCCGUGUACACGUCGGCUCCGGUGCAGGAGGAUGCAGAGCAGGGGCAACUGCAGUCAGAGGAAGACUCCAGAUGGUAUCUGUGCAAGGUCUGUGGCCAUGCCGUCUAUGGUAGAGAUCACCAUUGUGUUUGGAUAAACCAAUGCGUGGGUGCACACAACCAUCGCUCUUUCGUGCUCUUCGUUGCCAGCUUGACGCUCUUGGCUUGGGCUUAUGCAUCAAUGGUUUUGACUCUCUCAGCAUCACUGGAACAAGAGACGCCCUUCAACUACCUGAUGGUGCAUCUUACCGACUGGCGUCUGAAGCAUUCUAUGGCAGGCGCUUUGUAUGCAUUCGGCGGCGGACUUUUUACGGCUAUCCUGCUGCUGGGGCAGCUGUUGACAAUCAGCAAAGGCCUUACCGGGCACGAGCUGCGCCGACGAGAGCGGCGACCGCAGCGGAAGUCGAGCUGCCUGCAAAAUUGGCGGAGCUGGCU